AUGAACAAGGAACCAAACAAAAGAUACAUCCACGUGUACUAUGUUAAAAAGAAUGAUAAAUAUAGAAGACAUGGUAAAAGGUGCGAAAGGGAAAAGGGUUAUGUUACUAUUGAAAUAACAAGAAUAGAUGAAAGAAAAUGCCCUUACAGAAAAAGAAAAAAUCAGGAACUUCUCCAAAAUGAUAAGACCAAUGAGUUUUUACAAAGUUCUAUAAAAAAUUUUUCCAAAAAAAAAAAAAUAAAAAAAACAUGGACCAAGAUAUUAUAUGACAUAUUACACCAUACAACAAAUAGUAUAAAUCAGAAAAUAAAUUCUUUCUUAAAAUUUUUUGUUUUACAUUCGGAUUAUUUUUCUAGAGCACUAAAUAUAAGCAGAGAAACAUUAGUACAAGAUUCUUUCAAAUAUUUCAAUUCAGAAAAUGCGAGAAGGAUGGUAAACUGUACUAGUAGUAGUAUGUAUGAACAAAAAUUUCAUCAAACACAAAUUACAAGUGCUAUACCAGAAAGGAGGGAUUCCUUUCAUAAAUUUCAGAUUCUUAGUAACAACAUCAUACCGUGUAACCAUUUAAUGGGUAUAUUUGAUAAAACAGAAGGUUCUGACAAAUGCUAUGCAAAGGAUAUUAUGACGAACUUGUGUGAUGUAAAAAAUAAAAUUCAGGAUAAAAAUAUAGAUCAAACGAAUGAAUCCUUUUUCAUUAAUGAUAAAGCUUCUUCAAAUGAGACAAUUAGCAUGUUAGAUACAUCAAAUGAACAAAAUAAUUUAGAGAAACAAAAUGUUAAAAACUUUUACAUUUCCACAGUAAAUAGAAAAACGAAUGCGAAAAAUAUCAGAAAAAUCAGCUUAAUAGAGAUAUCCGUCGAUCCGCAAUUUUUUAUUUCCCAAGAUUUUUUGACAGACUUAGAAAGUUAUCUAACAUUGAACCAUUGUCUUCUGUAUGUUAAGAAAAAUAAAAAAGAACUCACGGAGAUUCAUCAAAACUUUUUUUCAAUUCUGAUAAAUGUUGAUGAAGUAAAAUUUUUGGAAAACAAGUUGUCCAAGUCUGUACUCAGACAUAUCGUUAGACGAUUAAAUUCUUUGUUUAAAAUACCAACUAAUGAUAUUUGCGGCGUUGAGUUUUGUUUAUAUUUAAAAAAUAAUGAUAUGUGUGAGGCACCAAAUUUUAGUGAGAAGAAUAUGUACACAUAUUCAAUUAUAAUAUUUUUAAAUAACAAAAAUACAAACUUUGUGGAAUUCCCUUAUUGCGGAUUAAAAAUUAUGACCAAGACAGGUAACUGUUUAAUAUAUGAACACAAGAAAAAUGUGUCAAAUAAUAAUAUUUUUAAAUUUGGUAUGUCUGAAGAAAAAUUAUUUUUUUUAAAAAUUAACCUCAAGGAUCAUAUAAAUUUGCAUAUGUUAAUAGGUCGAAAACAUGCUAAACUUAAGCAUGAUCAGUUAUUUGAAAAAAAUAAAAUGACGUACAUUUCUCCAAAUAAAAAUAAUUCGAAAAAUAAUACAUUAUAUUCUUACAACCAAUAUUUUAAUGAAUUUUUUCCAAUACCUGUUCCCAAUAAUACGAACUUAAUGAGAAAUAGCUACUUAUGUGUUAAAAAAAACAUGGAUAUAAUUAAUAAACAAAUAAUACAGUUAAACACAAACAGUAUGAGGGGCCUAUUUUUACGGGCGAAACAAAAGGGAAAUUAUCCUCCUUUUUUUGCUUCCUCUCAGUGCUAG